AUGGUCCUCUCCGUAGAGCUUCUCGAGACAUGCAGAACACCUCCAGCUCUUCUUCGUCGUACAACGAUGUUGGUGCGUGAGCAACGAAGACUGUGCUGGAGUUGA